CUCCUCAAAACCCUAGUUCAUUAUUUUUCUUCCCUUCCACGCUCUUGCUCGCCGACGUUCACCAAUGGCGGCGGCAGCUGCUGCCUCUCGGCCUCUCGUCACCGUCCUAUCCCUCGAAGGUGACAUGGCCACCGACGCCACAGCCACCGUUCAGCUUCCCGAUGUCAUGAAGGCCUCGAUCCGACCUGAUAUUGUCAGCUUCGUCCAUUCCAAUAUCUCUAAGAACCGCCGCCAGCCCUACGCUGUCUCCAAGCGCGCCGGUCAUCAGACAUCCGCGGAAUCCUGAGGUACUGGCCGCGCUGUGUCAUGUAUCCCUCGUGUUCCAGGUGGCGGUACACAUCGCGCGGGGCAGGGUGCCUUCGGAAACAUGUGUCGUGGUGGACGUAUGUUCGCCCCUACAAUUAUCUGGCGUCGCUGGCACCGUAAGAUCAAUGUCACCAUGAAGCGCUCGAGAAGCUGGGAGGUUCAUUAUCUGGACCAAGUCUGCCUUUGAGAAGCUGGAUUCAAUAUAUGGGUCGUUCGAGAAGCCCUCGGAGAAGAAGAAGGGGUACGUGCUGCCUCGACCUAAGAUGGUGAAUGCUGACUUGGCUAGGAUUAUCAACUCAGAUAAGGUGCAGUCUGUGGUGCGGCCAAUAAAUAAGGAGGUCAAGAGGGCACGCAGCAGGAAGAAGAACCCAUUGAAGAAUCUCAAUACCAUGUUGAAGCUGAAUCCGUAUGCAAAGACUGCGAGGAGGAUGGCUCUUCUUGCCGAGGCACAGCGUGUCAAGGCCAAGAAGGAGAAGCUCAAGAAGAAGAGAAAGCCCAUCACUAAGGAGGAGGCAGCAGCAAUCAAGGCAGGAGGCUAGGCAUGGUAUCAGACUAUGAUCUCAGACAGUGAUUGUAGAAAGUUUGAGAACUUCUCCAAGUGGUUGUGUGUGUCACAGUAGUUUACCUUAUGGUAUACAAGUUAAAUGAAUAUUUAGUCGAUCAGUUCUGCUCUCAUGAAAUCAUACUUUUUAUUCAUAUUACUGUUCUGAGUUGUGGAUGAGAUAAACUGAAACAACUCAAAUGGUGGAUUCCUAUGCCUCCUUCAUCUCUUUAAUUACGUGGUGGAGAAGUUUCUUUCAAAACCUAAACAUGGUCAAGCAAUUUACAAGUGUAGGUGUAACAUUUUCCUUUGGUUUGCAGGGUCCAGUUAGUCACACAUUGGUGCAUUUAUUAUCUAAUAAAAUUUGGUUUCAUGG